UUGCGUGCGCGACGUGAUGUUCGCGAGCCAACAGCGACAUGUAGUAUUCCAGUUGUAAAUACGAAGGCGGAAGCCGAUCGUCUUGUACUGAACUCGGUCAAGCCGGCCAUUAAACUCCUGAUAAAUCGUCACAACAACAAAUACUCGUACACUGCCCAAUCUGAUGACAACAUUAUGAAGAAUUUGGAGCUGUUCGACCGUUUAGCUGUAAAAUUCCACGAUCGUAUACUAUUUGUAAAAGAUGUUGGUUCUGAAUCAUCUGAGGUAUGCCAGUGGAAAUUCUUUGGUAAAGGUGCAAAGAGGGCUGAAGUGUGUUGUACUUCUAUUGUGUACGCAACAGACAAGAAGCAAACAAAGGUAGAAUUCCCCGACUCAAAAAUCUAUGACGAAGCAAUGUCAAUUUUACGUUACGAAGAAAGGGGAUUAUGCUCAAGGCAAGUUAAAAUUUCGGUCAAAUCUCAUAAUUUUAAAUAUCUUAUUAUUAAGAGAUAG